CUGCACUCGAUAACAAUCAUCUUCGUUCCGCGCACGAACUCUCCUAAACAGCCUGCGCUGCUUUCCUUUCAGUCUGUCGUGUUUCCCCCAUCCACAACAUCAACAGAUCUUGUCUGGUUCCAAGACUCACCUGCUCACGGUGUCUGAACUUCUGAUCUGUACAGCGCCUGCCAUUACUUUGCAGAAUCACCCAGAAUGCGUGGAGAAGUCUGCCACCUGCACAUUGGCCAGGCCGGCACUCAGCUUGGCAAUGCCGCUUGGGAACUAUACCUUCUCGAGCACGGUCUGAAGGCUGAUGGUCGACCUGACCCUGAUGCCAAUGUCGGCGAUCCUGGUUCUUUUGAGACUUUCUUCACCGAGACCGGCAACAACAAACACGUUCCCCGUUCCAUUUUCGUGGAUCUCGAUCCCUCCCCAAUUGACGAAAUUCGAACCGGUCCGUACAGACAACUCUUCCACCCCGAACUCUUGAUUAGUGGCAAGGAGGAUGCUGCAAACAACUACGCUAGAGGUCAUUACACGGUUGGCAAAGAGCUGGUCGAUGAUGUCUUGGACAAAAUCCGUCGCGUCGCAGACAACUGCACAUCCCUGCAAGGGUUCUUGAUCUUCCACUCCUUCGGCGGUGGCACGGGCUCCGGUUUUGGUGCUCUUCUCCUCGAGAGAUUGUCUGUCGACUACGGCAAGAAGUGCAAGUUGGAGUUCGCCGUCUACCCUGCGCCUCAAGUCUCGUCGUCCGUCGUUGAACCAUACAACGCGGUUCUCUCGACUCACAGCACUAUCGAGCAUGCCGAUUGCACCUUCUUGGUGGACAACGAGGCUGUCUACGAUAUUUGCCGUCGCAAUCUUGACAUUCCUCGACCAGACUACGAACACCUCAACCGUCUCAUUGCUCAAGUCGUCUCCUCUGUUACCUCCAGCUUACGAUUCGAUGGUGCUCUCAACGUCGACUUGAACGAGUUCCAGACCAACUUGGUGCCAUAUCCUCGCAUUCACUACCCCCUCAUCAGCUAUGCACCGGUUAUCUCAACCAAGAGAUCUUCUCAUGAGAGCUUCAAGGUACAGGACCUUACUCUGCAAUGCUUUGAGCCAAGCAACCAGAUGGUGGUGUGCGAUCCUCGUAACGGCAAAUACAUGGCUGUGGCGCUCCUGUACCGUGGUGAUGUCGUUCCUCGCGACACAAAUGCCGCCAUUGCUUCACUCAAAGCCAAGUCUAGCUUUCAUUUGGUCGACUGGUGUCCUACUGGCUUCAAGGUCGGAAUCAACUACCAGCCUCCCAUGCCUGUCCCUGGUGGUGAACUUGCCAAGGUUGACCGCUCCGUCAGCAUGCUCUCCAACACCACUGCAAUCGCCGAAGCCUGGAGCCGACUUGACCACAAAUUCGAUCUCAUGUACUCCAAGCGUGCAUUCGUUCAUUGGUAUGUUGGUGAGGGUAUGGAAGAAGGUGAAUUCUCAGAAGCUCGAGAAGAUCUGGCUGCUUUGGAGAAGGACUACGAAGAGGUUGCCAGCGAUAGCUUGGAAGCCGAGGAUGAUGGUGGCGCCGAAUACUAGCUUCUUCGACCCGCAAAUGCUUGCUCUGAAUGAGAAACACCAUGAGAACCCAGGCAGCAAUCGAAUGCAGUCGCCUGUACGCAAGCCGACAGAAUCCCCGGAACUUCAGCAGCGGAUGUGACUGCGAUAUUGGAUCAGAACAUCAUGGCCCGCACUUCACGCGCGGAGAAAUUUGGUGAAUUAAUGGAUCCAACGAGGUAUGAAAGCAUGAAAGUUAAUGCACAGAUUGAGAAUUAGCACAGACUUGUAUUGGCACUUCAAAUUGGAGGUCUGCUGGUUGUGGACAUGAAUCUUUUUACUCCUGCAGAUGCAUAGCCUGGGCUAGCCACUUUGUAGUGAGAUAGAAUUGCAACAUCAGAUUCCCAAACCCCA